AUGGGUGGUGAUUCUGAUCCCUUCCCGGUGUCCGUAUCGUCUCUUCAUUUCCCCUCCAAAGAGCAAACUAUUUCCCAAACGCUGUCGUCCUUGCGCCGAUCAGCCCUCUCCAUCACAAACCGACUUCAAUCGAUUGAAUCCGACGCCAAUUUUGUCCGUGAAGUGGCUGACUACUACGAUCUCCCCUUAGUCGCCAACGAGAGAUGUGGUAGUUGGUAUAUCCCUCCGGAGGCCAAAGCUGGCAGCGCUUACUUCAAGAGCACGGAUGGUCAUACGGGCCAAUGGGACUUUAGCUUCCGUAGACUAAACCUGCAGAUUCUACCCAUUUCUCGGAAGCAUGGAGGCUGCAUCAUCGUUGACUCAACACGCCGGGGAAAAUUGAUGCCUGAUGCCUUAUCCAAGACGGUUCCGAUCUGGUGUGCGGUAAUCAAUCGAGCACUAUUUCCGUCCGACACUGCAUACCAUCCCGUGCAAUUUCCGCCGAACUUUUUGGGUGCCUCCGAAGAGUCACAGAUUGAGCACAGGAUCGAUGAUUUUGUUAAAUCGCUCAAGGAUCUCAAGCUCGAUUUAGAUGAUCUCAAGCAAAAGCUAGGAAAGCCCAUUCGGGUCGCCUGGGCGAAUCGCUCAUAUUUUCAUCCAACUGAUCUGCGAAAGGGAGAUGCAUAUAAUCUCUUUGUUCUCUGCUCCGCUUCCAAGCGUGUCCAUGGCGCGGAAAUGUCGGAGGGUGGUUACAUCCAAGGAGCAGGCGAUGAUAGCGAGGGUUGGGCUCAUGGGCUAACGCCACCAGUUUUCUGGGAACACAAGUCUACCCUUGCUGCAACCGGAGAGGAAGAUCUACCGGAACUCAUUGUGGAAUUGGUAGAAGAGCACCGAAAGCAAGAUGGCCGCCAGCAAGCUACUUUGAUAACGCCAACUCGAAACUUGUACAUCAGCCCAACUGACCCUCAAUUAAACGGGGGUGGUACUUAUGAUUUGGUCAUUGAUUGCAAUGGAAACCCGGAGGCCUCGGAAGGGAAUUCAAAGCGACUAAACCUUGGUUGCGGAGUCUCUAAACUGGGGAGUCGCGACCUACGGAAGCAUCUACAUCAGGUUCUGGCCUUUACCAGUUCGCAGCUGGAGUCGAACCCGUCACAAUCAAUGCUUGUAACAUGCGAGUCCGGGAAAGAUCUUUCCGCAGGCGCUUUGCUCGCCAUAUUGUGUCUAUGUUACGAUGACGAGGGCAAGUAUCCCUACGUCCAAUCACAAUCUGGUCAUGCUAAUCAUGCAACAGGAAACUUUGCUGGAUCUCAUGCGAAAAACAAGAUUGACAAGCAAUUCAUCCGACAGCGACUUGCCUGGAUCGUGUCAUCCAAGCAUGACGUGAACCCUUCGCGCGCUACACUCCAAUCUGUCAACGCGUUUCUUAUGGAACGACCAGAUUAUUAA